UUUUCAAUUAACGUUGUUAAUCCCUGUGUCUUUAUAUAUUUUCUCUGAUAUGCUUAUACCUGCAUGUUCAGCAUGGAAUGCCCCCCUGGUCGGUUGUGCUGGCAGGACUGAUGACUUGAAGGUUCGGUUGCUGACCUGAAGGUUGCCAGGUUCAAAUCCAACCCGGGGAGAGCGCUGAUAAGCUCCCUUUGUCAGCUCCAGCUCCAUGUGGGGACAUGAGAGAAGCCUCCCACAAGGAUGGUAAAAACAUAAAAACAUCCUGGCAAUGUCCCCUGGGCAACGUCUUUGCAGAUGGCCAACUCUCUCACACCAGAAGCGAGGGACUUGUUGUUUCUCAAGUUGAUCCUGACAUGAAAAAAGUGUCCAAUACAUUGCCUCAUUGGAGAAAUCUUUCCUCAGCCUCUCCUUUUUCUCCAUAUAAUUUUAAUUGUAAAUGGGAAGGCUACAAGAGUGGCUGUAGAACAGGUCAUUUUUAACAUCUUACAUCUUCGUCUUCCUCUAAUGUUAAGUUAUUUAUUUCUUGUCAAAAGCAUUGCAUAAAUAAAGUAUAAAACUGAUAAAGGGAGCACAAGCAGUUAAACAAUUUUAGACCAAAAACAGGCAACAGCCACCAUGUUGUCCAUAGCUUUAUACAGUUUUUCCUCCGUGCAUGAGGCAGGGCAUUGUGGGCAAGCAGACAGGUGCUGAGAUGUGAUAUAUAUAUAUAUAGAUAUAGAUAUAUAGUUAUUAUUGUCAAGUAAUUCAACUUGCGAUAGUGAUAUUCCACUUACAUUUUCACUCAAUAUAAAGUUUUAUUUUCUUUACCUUACCAAUCCCAAUUCCACACUUAUGUCUAGCUGUUUUUUCCCCUUCUCUCCAUCUUCACCCCUCACCCACUGGGAACAGUUGUAUCUUCAAUUCGAAUAUUCUUUUACUUGAUCAGUCGCGAAGAGAGUGUCAUUCAGUUUUUUAUAUUUUCUUUUCCCUUUUACUCUAACUAUCAAUUCCCCAUUUUGAGUCCCAGUUCUUCCUUCCCUCACUCCCUCCUUCCUUUCCUUUUUAUCCACCCUUUCAUCCUUCUUUUAUUCCUUCCUUUCUUCUGUCCGUCCUAUAUAUCUUCCUUCCAACCAUUCUUCCUUCCUUCCUUCCUUCCUUCCUUCCUUCCUUCCUUCCUUCCUUCCUUCUUUUCCUUCCUUCCUUCUUUUCCUUCCUUCCUAUGAAACAGGGCUAACUUCUCUGUUAUGUUCACUGAAAGCAUCUGAAUUCAUUCCUUGUUUUUAUUAAUCAGUGCUUGCUUUUGCUGGUUUCUGUGUAUGUCCUUAAAACACUUCAUGCCUCUAUGUCUUGGUAUUUCCAUUUUCAACAUGAUCGAUGAAGGCAAAAGAGGAUAAUGUUGGAGAUAAAGAAGGUUUUGAACUUCAUGUUUAACCUUUGUUUCUUUUUUCUUGACCAGGGACAUGGGGGUACUUUUGAGCCAACCCUGGUGUGAUGAAAAACAAACCAGCUUCUAGUGGAUAUUAAGGAAUUUGGAAACUAAAUUGUAGUAAGGAAACAGUCCUACAGGAAAUCAUAGAAUCAUAGAAUCAUAGAAUAGUAGAGUUGGAAGAGACCUCAAGGGCCAUCUAGUCCAACCCCCCGCUAAGAAGCAGGAAAUCGCAUUCAAAGCACCCCCGACAGAUGGCCAUCCAGCCUCUGCUUAAAAGCCUCCAAAGAUACAAAUUAUCUCAAAGUGUUGAUCUGGCGGAAUUCUUAAAUUCACUUUAGAUUAUACACAGACAUAGAUUAAACACAGAUGUACAAUGUAUUACACAUAGCAGACCCUGCACAUAUCCAAACCCCUUAUCCCACACAAAAUAAAACCCCUUCCCCACACCCGUGCACCCUUCACCAUGACUUCCAACCCUGAAGCACUAUGAAGCCUUUGAGCCCAUUUAUCUAUCCUUGUUCAUCGUAAUCCUAAAUUCCUAAUGGAGCUCCUCUAUGUUACUGCCUCUCUAUUCAAAUAUGCUAUAGCCAGCUUCCAUGUUUCUAAAAAGGUCUUCAUUACUUUUGUUCCUCCUAUUAUUAGUAAGUUUGGCCAUUAGCAUAUAUUCCCGCAUUCUUUCCCUCCAAUCCUUUUUAGUUAAACCUUUUCCCCCUUUCCAGUCUUUGACUAUGGUCAAUCUUGCUGCGGCAAAGCUAUAUUGGUAUAUUUCUUGGUCCUUUUGGUUAUUAUUUUCUCUAUGUAAACCUAAUAGACACAACCCUGGGCUUUUAAAAAUCUUAUUAUGUAGCAUUUUAUUUGUCUCUUCAAUUACCUUGUCCCAAAAUGCCUGUAUGGUCACACAAGUCCACCACAUGUGGAUGAAUGACCCUUUCUGUUUCCUACACCUCCAGCAAAUGCCUUGUUGUGAUUUAUCUAUUUUUGCCAAUAUUGCUGGGGUGGUAUAGCAUCUAUAAAACAUUUUAAAUUGAUUCUCCCUAAUUGAUCCAGAUAUUGUGAAUUUGAAUUAUUUAUUCCAUAGGUACUCCCAGUUAUCCAAUUCUAUUGGCCUACCUAAGUCCUUGGCCCAGGAUACCAUGGAAGAGAAAGCAUAUACAUGUAUUGAAUCUGGAAAGAGCUUUAGUCAUUAUCACACGCUGAUGAUACAUCAAAGAACUCACACUGGGGAGAAACCCUAUACAUGCCUGGAGUGUGGAAAGAGCUUUGCUCAGAAUGCACAUCUACGUUCACAUCAAACAACUCACACUGGGGAGAAACCGUAUACAUGCCUGGAGUGUGGAAAGAACUUUGCUUAUAGUGGACAUCUGCAUAGACAUCAAAGGACUCACACUGGGGAGAAACCCUAUAACUGCCUGGAGUGUGGAAAGAGCUUCUCUCAGAGUGGACAACUACAUUCACAUGAAAGGACUCACACUGGGGAGAAACCUUAUAAAUGCCUGGAGUGUGGACAGAGCUUUGCCAAUAGUCAAACGCUCCGUUUACAUCAGUGGAUUCACACUGGAGAGAAACCCUAUAACUUCCUGGAGUGUGGAAAGAGCUUCACUGAGAGAGGACAUUUACGUAGACAUGAAAGGACUCACACUGGGGAGAAACCCUAUAAAUGCUUGGAGUGUGGACAGAGCUUCACUCAGAGUAGAUAUCUACGCAGACAUCAAAGGACUCAUACUGGGGAGAAACCCUAUAAAUGCAGCCCUCCAAGGUCAUUUACCUGGCCCCCGCCCUCAGUUUUAUAAUAUAAUAUUUAUUAUUAUAAAUAUUAUAAUAUUUCAAUAAUAUUGUAUAUACAUAUAAUAUUGAUAAUAAUAUUAUAAUGUUAUACAAUAUAAUAUUACUAGUAAUAAUACCAUAUAAUAUUAAUUAUAUGUUAUAUAUUACAUAUAAUAUUACAGUAUAGUGUUAUAGUUCAAUAUAGUAAUAUAUAAUGCUAAUAUUGUGCUAUGCUAAUAAUAUAAUAUAUUGUAUAUACAUACACUGCUCUGAGUCCCCUUCGGGGUGAGAAGGGCGCGAUAUAAAUGUAAUAAAUAAUUGUAGUAAAUGAAUAAAUAAAUAAUUGUAGACUUAGGCUUGCCCAAAGUCUGAAAUGACUUGAAGGCACACAACAACAACAAUCCUAUGUAACUUGACUAUCUCAUUGGCCAGAAGCAGGUCCACACUUCCCAUUGAAAUCCUGAUAGCUUUAUGUUGGUUACAGUUGUUUUCAUUUUUAAAUAUUGCAUUGUUCUUUCAUUGUUGUUGUUGUUUUGCACUGCAAAUAAGACAUGUGCAGUGUGCAUAGGAAUUCGUUCGGUUGUUUUUUUCAAAUGAUAAUUCGGCCCCUCCACAGUCUGAAGGAUUGUGGACUGGCCCUCUGCUUUAAAAGUUCGAGGAUCCCUGAUCUAGAUGGUCUUUGGAGGUCUCUUUUGUUUACCUAUGGUCUUAUGAGAUCGUCUAGAUCAGGGGUCCCUAAACUAAGGACCAUGGGCCGGAUGCGGCCCUCCAAGGUCAUUGACCUGGCCUGUGUCCUAAACUUUAGACUUAGGGUUGACCUAAGUCUGAAAUAACUUGAAGGCACACAACCACAGUCCGAACGUAUCUCCUCCUACGAACCAGUAAGAUCACUAAGAUCAUCUGGAGAGGCCCUGCUCUCGGUCCCACCUGUCUCACAGGCGCAGCUGGUGGGAACGAGGAACAGGGCCUUCUCGGUGGUGGCUCCCCGGCUGUGGAAUGCCCUCCCUGGAGAUAUCCGACAGGCUCCUACCUUGCUGGGAUUCAGAAGGGCCGUGAAAACAUGGUUAUGUGCCCAAGCUUUUGAUGAGUAAAUGACAAAGUUGACAUGGACUGAUUUAAGGAUGAAGAAUGAGGAUCUCGGACGAAUGGAAUUAAUUAUAUAUAUGUUUUUAAGGUUUUAUAAUGUUUUUUAACAAUGUUAUUAAUACAUCUGUUAUUGUUUUGUUUUUAUGAUUGUAUUGUGGGCAUUAAAUUUUGCCAAUUUUUGUAAGCCGCCCUGAGUCCCUUCGGGUGAGAAGGGCGGGAUAUAAAUGUUGUAAAUAAAUAAAUAAAUAAACUACAACAAUCUUAA